AGUUUAGAGGGGUUUCAAGUGUGCACUACACCCGGAAGAUACACAGGAUUUUCCGAGAGAGAACUUUUCCGCUUGUUUAUAUUAGUGGCUCGCAUUUUGCUUGUUUCCCCCCCUGCCUUGUCGGCGUUUAUGAUCACCAAGCAUUCAUAACAACGAGGGACGAAAUGGUGGCUGUAAAGAGCCAGAUAUUUCUGGCUUUAGUGCCACUAACAGCGAUGAUCUUUGGUUGCAGUCAUGCCGAGCUGAUAAGUUUCCCAGGAGGAGAAGAUUUUGAUUCUGUGUCAGUCGAUGAGGCCGAGUUUGAUUCCACGGUGCUCGAUCUCUCCGACACCAAAGAUACAGGAAGCUAUCUGUUUGACUCGACUCGCAUCGUCAACAAGAAACUCUCUCUCAACUUCUUCAUCCGAGAUUUCAUCUCGUCUGAAACCAAGUACUUCCGAGCCAACCCGCUCCUCUUCAAGUGCCUUCAGAAGAUACAGAAUGAGGUCUCACAACAGGACCACAAGAUCGUCAUCCAGAAUGGUUAUGGACCCUUACGCUUGGCUGAUCUGCCUGUUGACAGCUCAACGAGGUAUCACAGCACCGGCUCGGCAGUCACCGUGGGCGUUGAUCCGGGGACGACAGUCACCGUAGAGGACGUGGUAGCCAUUGCUGUGAGGCUUUGCGUUCCAAUAUUCCAGAUCAGCAACCAAGACAUCGGGAUCGUCCUGUUUGAUCAGCGUCUUGAGAUCCGCAUCCAAGGCGCGGAGGAAGAGGGACCGCUGUUUACAGCCGACCAGACAGCCUCGCUCAGCCAAGAUGAAGUCAGUCAGCUUGCUUGGAACAGCAUUGAUGCUGCCUACGACCCUCCUAAGACGCCGAUCUGUGCGGCUGAUGUGUCACUAUCAAGUGGGGAAAUCUUCCCUCCAGAUGCUGUUGACGCUGAGAGUAUCGUUGGUAAACUCCAUCUGCCCAUCACGCGCAAUGACACCACAGACUUUGCGAGGUUGGUCCAGUACCCGGGAUCGCUGAUAGCUUUUGAGAAUGAGGAGCGAUCGGCUGCCUGGUGUGGGGUUGAAGACAGAAGCUGUGUUGAUUGCACAGCUCACAUGAAGGGCUUUGCCUUGAACAGCAGAUGUGCUGACCGCACUAUGAGUGCACGCUUGAUGGGAUUUCUAAGAACACUGGGGAAACUCGUCAGCAAUGAGUGGCCGGGAGUUAAGUUACUGGUGUUAGAAGCCUGGGAUGAGCCACACGACGGCAGUGCACACACUGAUGGGGACCAGCCAGCUGGUUCCCUGCACUAUGAGGGCCGUGCAGCAAAGCUGGCCUUGUCGGACGGAGAUGUCUCUAAGCUCAAUCGUCUCGCAGGAAUGGCUACCUGUGCUGCUGCUGAUUAUGUGGAGAAUAAAGGUGAUCACGUCUUCAUAGCCGCUAAGAAACAAGCCGGUGUGACGGCUACCAGCAUCACCUUUGCUCGUACCGAGCUCCUUGUGGUUGAACCACCGGCCGCAGAGGCUGCGGGUUACCAGCUACCAUCGGAGUUUCAGGGAACGGAGGACCAACGACCACUCUUUGACAAGGAUCAUCAGAUGGACGUGUUGCUGUCUGACAAUUCCACUGUGAAGCAGUUUGCAUCUGAGGAUGGCCGAUAUUUUCGUCUGAGUCCCCAUCUCCUCCUGUGCUAUCAGGACCUGAUCAACCAAGAGAGGAAAUGGAGCCUGGCUAAUUCUGAAGUGAAGAUCAAUGUCAUUCAAGGUUUUCUGACCAAGGAAGAACACGACAAUAUCAACUUCCUGGAUCCCCGCUACGGCUCCCCCAUUCUGGGUCAGGGCAUGGAGUUGACCUACGACCCCGAAUCUUCAAACGAGAUGACCCACCACCCGGAGCGUUUGAUGCGGCAGGCUCUGCUGGAAUGCGGCCCUCGAUUCAUCAAAGCUGGCGUCAAUAUUGGAGUUGGUCUGUACGAUAGCUCAGUCUUUGUUGACAUGCGUAAGGAUUUCCACGCCUGGGUUGAAGACGGUAAUCUGCUCGGUCCCGGGGAGACGGAGGAGGAUUUUAAGAACGAGCAGUUACGAUGGCUAGUCAGGGCUGUCGAGGGGCGCGUGGUAGACCCCAUCGACCCUGUGCUUGCCUGCAGUGUCUCCUAUCAGCCCAAGAAGCAGAGCAUUGACUUUGAUCACACCGCUGCGUCAUCUGCAGGUCCGGCUGUAGUAGAUGAGGAGAAAUGCAUCCCAAGAGAGAACACAGCAUUCUGUAGCAAGACAUCUUCUCAUAGACAGGAACAGGUGGAACGUAUCUGGAUCGAAGUGUCAAGGAAACAUUUGCUGCAUGAUUCAGGGGAGGUGAGGGCAGCUCUAGAGGGCUGUGUCGGUGCCUGCUCUACCUGUAAAGAAGGAAGUUUCUACGAGAAGAAGGUAGAGCAUUGUAACAACUUCCUUCACUGGGUGCCUUUUGGUUUCCUGGAAUCUAAGGACCAGACCAACCUAUACGUCCGUGCCAACACGGAGAUGAAGAUUGCUGCCUGCCGCUCACAUUGCAUUGAUAAGACUCCACUUUUCUCACUGAUGGUUCCUACUGUUGAGGUGCUGUAUCGUCCGGACCCCAGUCGCAGCGUCAAGGAGCGUCUGUACUCUGAGGAGAACAACCCGUCGCCAGUCUACGAAUUACUGCAGAAACUCUAUGCCAUCCACGCGUCUGGUGUCCUGACUGUGUGGGUCAAAGAUGUGGCUGAGCUCAACAUUCUGCAAGAACCUCUGAAGGUGGCUAUGCUGUACAACAAGAACAUUACUCAGAUCAAGUUCUACGCUGCUCCCUUGGACCAGCAGACCGUCGCGGGCAGGGUGGCGGAGUUAACUACGGAAUGGACAGGCAGUGGGUGCACAGAUUACACCAGGACCUUCCUGCCUCCGUACGGAAAGGUGGAGGAUUUGCCCUCAGGUGUAUCUAAGCGAAGCCCUGAGCACGACCUGCGAGAGUCCAUGUUGAAACGCCGCAACAAUUGGGAGCGUAGAUGGGUGCUUGACAAUCCUUUGAUUUAGAACACAUAAAGAAGACCUUGGGACCCAGACUAACAUCUCACAGUGCGACUACUUUUUGCCCGUAGGGAAAAAAGGUUUAUCGCAUUAAAGGCGCAUAGGUUCAUUUGCUUUUCAUGCAUUUUGUUCGUUUCCAGAAAUAACACCACUCAAAAUCCAAAGAAGAAUGUUCAAAACCUAACCUGUUGAAGUUUCAGCUCAGUGGAUAGUACACUUUUUGCGUGAACAUUGAAAAACAAUGCACAACCUUUUGAUCAGAAACAUAAAUUUGUCAAUAGCACUCUAUAUUUUCAAAAAAACCUGUCAGUUGACUGAUCAUUGGAAAUCACCUACAUUUCUUGAUUUCUUCUAAAUGACAGCAAGCCAGACGGAAUAAUGUCACAGGGUGUUUAGUACCAGAACGUCUUUUAAUCCAAGUAAGCUUUUCUGAUAAUAGUUCAGUCGGCUAGUUUUGGGAUAAAUUCAGAAAUGACCCUAUAUGCCUUAACACAACUGUGGAUCUUAACAUACUUAUUCCUACGACUAGGCACAGUUUAAAUUUGUAGACUACUUAAUAAUUUUUUAUCACUAGAUUUUGUGAUUGUAUCAUGAAAGACUACCAUUAUUCAUAUACAUAAAAUUUUGUAAGAAAUUGAUUUUGAAGUGAAUAAUUUUUUACUUGAGUACUCAGAGUAGUGUGUUUGCACAACAAAGAGGGCGCUAUAAAAAUGGCGUUUGCUGCCCUCUAGUGUUUCGAACAUCUUCCACUCUUGAAUUGAUAUUAGUAACUAUGUAUAAAAUAAAUCAACUCGUCCAUUUUUGAUGCACACAUUCCUAUUUAAUGCAAUAGCACUUUAAUAUUUUUUUUGUUACAAAUACAGCUGUAGUGACUUA